AACCUCCCCCUCCAUUUUAAGUCGACGCGCUGAUUGGUCGGCUUACUAUAAGGACUGAAUUAUCAUUGGUUGCGCUUUGCUAGUUUGCCUGUGAGGUAGGCUGUAGCUACGCCUAUAAUAAUCUUGUGAAAAGAUGCGCUUUCUAUCAACAGGCGCUUAAAUUAACACGAAUUAUAUCACACGCUAUAGCCUACAAUAUUUCUGUUAAGUUUAAACUGGAUCGGCGUCAUCAUACUAGAGUGUCAUUAUCGGAAAACGUCCAUUUGAUCACUAUAGUCACUGGUGUGUGUGGUGUGGCGUUGAGCUGGGGGGGCAUGUUGCGUAAGGAGGGGAAGUGGUGGGGGGGCAGUUCGGAGGCCUACAGCAGCGACCCCGAGGAGGAGGAGGAAGAGGGGAUGGUGUUCGGAGAGAACGAGGAGGACAGCGAGGAGAUGAUGGACCUGAGCGACCUGCCCACCGCGCUCUUCGCCUGCAGCGUCCACGAGGCCGUGUUCGAGGAGCAGCGGCAGAGGGAGCGCUUCGAGGCUCUGUUCCGUAUCUACGAUGAGCAGACGUCCUUCCAGACAACCAAGAGCCUGACGGUCCGGAUCAGCUUGAAGACCGAGGCGGCCGUGACGCUCGGCAUUGAGCUGCACGAGUCCGAGUUCAACGGAGCCCAACUCAAGUUAUACUUCGCACAGGUGCAGAACUCAGGUGAGGAGGUGGACAAGUCGUUCCUGGCGCCGCCCCAGCCCGUGGGAACCCAGUUCCUGAUCUCCCCGGCCUCCCGGUGCGGCCCUGGGCCUGAAAGCGGAGCGCCGCCUAUCAUCAACUACGACCUGCUCUGCGCCGUCGCCAAACUCGGCCCAGGUGACAAGUACGAGCUCCACGCCGGCACCGAGUCCACCCCCAGCGUGGUGGUGCACGUGUGCGACAGCGACAACGAGAACGAGAACGAAAAUGAGGAUGACGAGGCUCGGCCCAAGAUGAAGAUCGUCCAGACCCGACGUCCUGAGGGGCCACCCAAAGUCUUCAACUAAAAAGUCCCGGAAGUGUCCACCCUGCGAAGUGUCCACCCUCUGAUCUCUCUCUGUCUCUCUCCUGCACUCAGAGAAAGACACCCUUCAUUUCAGUUAAAAAAAAAAAACAACAGCAAACUUU